AUGAUGCUCAAUUCAGACCAGACGGAAAUCGACAUGCCCCCGUCUCACUCAGAGACAGAGUCAGUUUUUAGCGACUGUGGUGGGGGCGGUGGCCGUGGGGCCGGAGUGGAGGAGGCCGGCAGCAUCGGCUUGUGUGCCCAGUCCCGGCUAGCUGAGCCGGGUGAGGCUCUGAAAAAGGACCUGCAGCACUUGAGCCGAGAGGAGCGUCGGCGUCGGCGGCGUGCCACGGCUAAGUACCGGACAGCCCACGCCACGCGGGAGCGCAUCCGCGUCGAGGCUUUCAACAUGGCCUUCGCCGAGCUGCGAAAACUGCUGCCCACCCUGCCCCCUGACAAGAAGCUCUCCAAGAUCGAGAUCCUCAGGUUGGCCAUCUGCUACAUCUCCUACCUGAACCACGUGCUGGACGUCUGAGCCACCGAGCCCACGUCCGUCUGUCCGUCUGUCUGCUACAUCUCCUACCUGAACCACGUGCUGGACGUCUGAGCCACCGAGCCCACGUCCGUCUGUCCGUCUGUCUGCUACAUCUCCUACCUGAACCACGUGCUGGACGUCUGAGCCACCGAGCCCACGUCCGUCUGUCUGUCCGUCUGCUACAUCUCCUACCUGAACCACGUGCUGGACGUCUGAGCCACCGAGCCCACGUCCGUCUGUCUGUCUGUCUGCUACAUCUCCUACCUGAACCACGUGCUGGACGUCU